AUGAUAAAAAAGCAUUACAUCGACACCCCUUUGACGUACGCGGCGUUGACGGCCCCGGACCUGACCUACACCCUCAUUCAUCCCCUUCUGGAGAAAUAUUGCACCCUUCAACGCGCACAUUCAAACUUGUCCGUAGUGUUCUGUCUUCUUCUCAACAGGGUUCAUUUCUUCCGGGACGAGAAUAUUUCGACCACGGCUAUGAGCUCACCCAUCGAAUGUCUAGGAAAUAGCAUGAUGGAUUUGACGGUCCUGCUAACCACUAGCUGGCCAAUCUAUGCUGGAGCUGGACCAGAGGUCAUUGCACAUGGUCGUUCUGAAUUCAUCGAUUUCGACCCAGAAGAACGUGUUGGGAACGCCAUAGAGAUGGCUAUCGUGGGCAAAGCAAAGCGUUUUUUGAAGAGCUCAUCGUGCCAAAAAGUCAUCGACGGCAUUUGGGCCGGUAGAUACGUGUAUCAAGCUGAAAGUAGUCACUCCAUUCUUUCUGACACCUAUAAACGAACGCCAGUUCAUUUCUAUGAUCCUCAUAAGGCACCAUUGCUGGACCAUUAUCGGCUCAAAGUGCCGGCAGUUCGAUCAGUACUUGAAUACUCAAACUUUCUGAUCCUAUUCGUUCUGUUCAUUUUCGCCAUUGAAUUGAGUGAACUGAACCGCAUCAACGCUGCUGAGCUUAUUUUCAUGAUUUACGCGCUGGGUUUUACUUUGGAGAAGAUAGCAGCCAUGCAAGAACACGGCAUCAAGGUUUAUUUCAAGGGAACAUGGAACGGGUUCGAUAUGGUGUUCGUGGCGACAUACUGUGUCUAUGCUUUCUUGCGGAUGUAUGGCAUAUACCAUGACCACGCAUGGGCUCGUUCAAUGGGCGUAGACCUUAUGGCUCUUAUCGCUUGCCUGUUGUUCCCUCGACUGGCUUUCGUAACACUCAAGAAUAACUUGAUGGUUCUAUCCUUGCGCGCCAUGAUUCUCCAGUUCUGUCUUCUCAUGAUCAUCGCCGCGUUCUGUUUCUGUGGCUUCCUCUAUGCCCUUUGGACAUUGAGCAGAAAUCAAGCCGGAUAUAGUAUUUCCCAAAUUGCAUGGUGGAUGCUCGAUCUCUGGUUUGGCUUGGAUGCCACAGGAUUUGAUCGUUCAACAAAAUUUCACCCAGUAUUUGGCCCCAUCUUGGUGCGAGAUGGUUACCUAUGCGUGCAUGAGCAAUACGCUGCUACUUACUGGUAUGGCCUCUUUAUCUUAUCACGCCACGUGACCGAUAAUUAUCAGUUCUCGUUUCUGUGCGUUCUUACUUCAUUUGCUUUGUUUGUGCUAGAGCAGAGCCAGAUCCUUUCCAACACAUUUGCCACGAUAUCAGAGGAUGCUCAUGCUGAGGCGAUGUUCAGAAAGGCGGUUUCUACCAUCGAAGGAGUGAAAGCCGACUCGCUAUUUUCGUAUCAGCCCCCGAUUAAUCUACUCGCCCUUUGUAUCAUGCUCCCCGCAAGCUACAUCCUUUCUCCAAGCUUUCAGGUUAAUGUUUUCAUGAUACGAUUGACAAGCUUCCCAAUUUUGCUCUUGAUCACGCUCUAUGAGCGACAAGCAAAGAAGAAUGGAACUACGAAUAUUUACGAGACGAUAACGGUCAUCACUGAACGUGUGGUUGAAACGCUACCGCGCCGCUUCAAAAUUUUCAAUUUCUUCGAAGGACUAGCCGGAUCUGACCAUGACAUUGAUGCGGUGUUCGAAAUUGAAGAUGAACUAAUGGCAAGCGCAUUGGCGGUUGAAGAGACUUCUGCAACUGAGGAUCUAUUCAAAUUGCAUGCUCAAAGGCGCUCUUCGCCAUAUUCUUCUCCCUCGCGGCCAACUCCACCUGCACAACCUCACUCAACGCCAUUACCAAUCACAUCGCCCACCCCCCCACCACCCGCUUCGUCAUCCUCUCCUCCAAAUCGGCCGAAUCCGAUACUGGGUCCUCGCGCAAGGGUGGCGUCCCUCAUGCACCGUGGGACCGAAGUCGCUCAGACUUUCACCAGUCCGCUUGCUCAGAUUUUCCAGCCAUUAGUAGUUGACGACGGGGGUAUCCCUGAAGAGAUCACAAAGCCCGAUCUGCCAAGUCAGAAUCGUGUUCAACUAACGCCAGAACACCGUCCAGCGAAUGGUGCUGUUGUUCCACCACCACCUGCCGGUGUCAGUUACGGCCCAGCGUAUAGAAGACGGCUUUCGUCAAUGCAUGCUCGUGAAGGGUCAAGCGGGGGUCAAGUUGGACAUGUCAGACGCGCUUCAGAAGCACCCAGGAUGUUGUUCCCGACGAGCGAAAACGACGAUGUGUUUUCAGAGAGUCCAGACGAUCGUGAUUCGGCUUUACCCACAGCGGAGGAUGUGGAAGAAAAGAAGGAUGUGUGGAUCCAACGCUUAGAUAAGAUGGAGACACGGCAGGAGAGGAUUGAGGAGUUGCUGGAGAAAAUUCUGCGCACUCUGAACAAGGAGGACGAUUGA